AUGGUGUCUCCUAAGAGUAGGGACGGGGAGGUCCGGCGUCUGCUACUCUCGCUUCUGCUCCUCGCAGCCUGGGAGGCCGGAAGCAGCCAGAUCCACUACUCGGUCCAGGAAGAAGCCAAACACGGCACCUUCGUGGGCCGCAUCGCCCAGGACCUGGGGCUGGAGCUGGCGGAGCUGGUGCCGCGCCUGUUCCGGAUGGCGUCCAAAGGCGGCGGGGACCUUCUGGAGGUAAACCUGCAGAAUGGCAUUUUGUUUGUGAAUUCUCGGAUCGACCGGGAGGAGCUGUGCGGGCGGAGCCUGGAGUGCAGCAUCCACCUGGAGGUGAUCGUGGAGCGGCCGCUGCAGGUGUUCCACGUGGAGGUGGAGGUGAAGGACAUUAACGACAAUCCGCCAAUAUUUCCAAGGGCAGUAAAGAUUAUCCGGUUUCACGAAUCCAGACUGCUUGACUCUCGGUUUCCACUAGAGGGCGCCUCGGAUGCAGAUAUCGGUGUAAACGCCCUUCUCUCCUACAAGCUCAGCUCCAGUGAGUUUUUCUUUCUAGAUAUACAGACAAAUGAUGAACUAAGCCAGUCUUUGUCUCUUGUACUGAGGAAAUCUCUGGACAGAGAGGAAACUGCCGAGAUUAAUUUGUUACUGGUAGCUACUGAUGGGGGGAAACCUGAGCUCACGGGCACUGUUCAACUGCUUAUUAAGGUAUUAGAUGUGAAUGACAACGAACCUACUUUUGACCAAUCAGUUUACAAAGUACAGCUGUUAGAGAACAUCGCAAACGGAACGUUGGUGAUUAAAUUAAAUUCUUCUGAUGCAGAUGAGGGAUCCAACAGUGAGAUUGUGUAUUCAUUUAGUGGCGAUGUGUCACCCAAUACAAAGACCAAGUUCAAAAUAGAUCCUGGCUCAGGGGAAAUCAGAACCCAGGGACAAUUAGAUUAUGAAGAAAUGAAAUCCUAUGAGAUUCAAGUUAUUGCUUAUGACAAUGGAAAUCCAUCCAUGACUGGCCACUGUAAAAUUUCCGUAAAACUUGUGGACAUCAAUGAUAACACACCAGAAGUCUCAAUCACGUCUCUUUCACUUCCCAUCAGAGAGGAUGCUGAGUUGGGUACCGUCAUUGCCCUCAUGAAGGUGUCUGACCUAGACUCUGGUGUCAAUGGAGAGGUUACCUGCACCCUGACUCAUCAUGUGCCCUUCAAGCUGGUGUCCACCUUCAAGAAUUACUAUUCGCUGGUGCUGGACGGCACCUUGGACCGCGAGAGCGUGGCGAGCUACGAGCUGGUGGUGACCGCGCGGGACGGCGGCUCGCCUUCGCUGUGGGCCACGGCCAGCGUGUCGGUGGAGGUGGGCGACGUGAACGACAACGCGCCGGUGUUCGCGCAGCCCGAGUACACGGUGUUCGUGAAGGAGAACAACGCGCCCGGCUGCCACAUCUUCACGGUGUCGGCGCGCGACGCGGACGCGCAGGAGAACGCGCGGGUGGCCUACUCGCUGGUGGAGCGGCGGGUGGGCGAGCGCGCGCUGUCGAGCUACGUGUCGGUGCACGCGGAGAGCGGCAAGGUGUUCGCGCUGCAGCCGCUGGACCGCGAGGAGCUGGAGCUGCUGCAGGUCGGGGUGAGCGCGCGCGACGCGGGCGCGCCGCCUCUGGGCAGCAACGUGACGCUGCAGGUGUUCGUGCUGGACGAGAACGACAACGCGCCGGCGCUGCUGCCGCCGCCGCCGCCGUCGCCUUGGGCGCCGCCCGGGUGGCCCGGGGGCGCGGGCGGCGGGGCGGGCGUGGUGAGCCAGCGGGUGGCGCGGUGGGUGGGCGCGGGCCAGGUGGUGGCGAAGGUGCGCGCGGUGGACGCGGACUCGGGCUACAACGCGUGGCUGUCGUACGAGCUGCAGGAGGCGGCGUCGGGGGCGGCGUCGGGGGGCGCGCGGAGCGCGUUCCGCGUGGGGCUGUACACGGGCGAGAUCAGCACGACGCGCGCCCUGGACGAGGCGGACGCGGCGCGCCAGCGCCUGCUGGUGCUGGUGAGGGACCACGGCGAGCCGGCGCUGACGGCCACGGCCACCGUGCUGCUGUGGCUGGAGGACGGCGGCCCGGCGCCCAAGGCGUCCUCGCGGCGGGUGGUGGGCCCCGCGGCGGCGGAGGCGGCGCUGGUGGACGUGCACGUGUACCUGGUGGUGGCGAUCUGCGCGGUGUCGAGCCUGCUGGUGCUGACGCUGCUGGUGUACACUGCGCUGCGGUGCUCGGCGCCGCGCGGCGAGGGCGCGUGCGUGCCGGGGCAGGCGCGGCUGGUGUGCUCGAGCGCGGUGGGCAGCUGGUCUUCGUCUCCGCGGCGGCAGCGGCGGCAGCGGCAGCAGCAGGUGUGCUCUGGGGAGGGGCCGCCCAAGGCCGACCUCAUGGCCUUCAGCCCCAGCCUGCCUCAAGGUCCAGGCUCAGCAGAAGAAAGACAACUCUCAGAAGCAGAACAAUUAGGAAAGGUGAGCUUAAAAUUUUUUUUCUAUUCUAAAUAUAUGCUAUCUUCUUUGUCUCAAUGA